GCUGCCAAGUUUGAAGGCCUCUGAUAUAGAGAAAGGCUGAAUUGUGAUUCCAGGAUCUUGAAGAACUGGGAAGCCUAUGUGUUAUUUUAUAAUUUGGAUUGCUCCUAGAGGGGGAUGGAGAGAGAGAGAGAGAGAAAGAUCCCAAAGGAAGAAGGAAAGCACAUUUUGAGAUCACAGUGUUCGUUGCAUUGUAUUCUUAUCUCUUUAUUUAACAUUGGAUCUGUAAGCUAUAAAUAAUAUAUGUUUCUCAUGACGUAUUUAAACUUCAUACAGGCAGGUAAAAUGUACACACAAAAUGUAGUGCACAAAACAAGUAGAAAACAUGAAAUUUGAUAAAUUAAAAGGCACUAACAAAUAAUUACGUUUCUAGCCAUUUUUUUGGCUAGCCUUGUCUUCCACUUCUAAUUUAUGCACCAUAUAUAGAUACUUAAAAGAUCCCUGCCCAUUACAGUUGGGAUUAGACAACCCAUGUGACUCUUUGGAUUAUCACUUCAGAAAUAUUUCCUUACCAGAUUCCACUUGAAAAGUUCUUAAAAAUUCAGGGAGAUAUUCAAAGAGACAUCUGCCUUGAAAGAAGCCUAUGUUGAACAUAGCACAAACGUCAGCACAGGAAAUGUUUUAUGAUAUUUUGUAUUGUGUCAUAAACUGUGUCAUGAUCAUUUUUGUUAUAAAACGUUAUAUGCCAUUUGACAAAUUUUAAUUCCACGAGAGUCAUCAAUCCCAGAUUGUGGAUACUUUGUGUAAAUUACGCCAUUUAAGGUAAUUUGGUUCAAAAUUUGUUGCUCUGAUGCACUGUUUUACCCUGUUAAAGGUUACAAGAGUUUUAGUAUUUAGUACAUAUGUUUUGAGGUUCUAAGGAUAUCAUUUGGUGAGCCCCCCCCCAAGGAUCUUUUGCAGAGGCCCUCAAAUCUAGCAUCAAAUGUAGCACAAUCCCUUGUUCUCCAAAUUAUGAUUAAAUCCUUCACAUACAUGAAAGAAUAGAUUUUACCAUAUCAUGUUCCUCUAAAAUUUAGUACACUAAAAAUUGAAAUAUAUUUUUUCAGUCAUCUAUAACACUUUAGUAAAACAGGAGCCAAUUAAUUGUUUUAAAAAAAAUAAUAAAUUGGGGCGGGGAGAAAAAAGCUAGCUUAUCUUUGAAAUUAACCCUCUCAAUUUAAAGAUAUUUGUAAAGUAUUUGGCAAUAGUAAGAGGAUAUGAAAAAAUAUGGCCUACAAAACACCUUUUAAUUUUGUCCUGUUCUCAAAGUUUGGAGAUUUUCUGGGGAUACAUGGCUCUUUAAUAAAAAUAUAAUUAGCAAAUGGUAGUAAUGCUUUAUACAAUAAAUCUUCCCACAUAAGAUACGCACCAUCUGUUAUGGCUGCCAGCUGGCUGGAGGGAUUUUGGUGGCCAGAAGGCAACCUGGAGAACCAUCCCUUGGCCAAGGCCUCCUGACUGUCUCAGCACAACUGAGUCACUGUCGAACAGUUCUACGCCUUUUUGACGACCUAGCCAUGCUUUCCUAUAGCUGCCAGUAUGGACUGGGGAACAAGGAGAAGGAUACAGCAAUGCGCUGGCUUUCCAUCUUCAACAACGUAGCUGAUCAGCUUUAUUACCCCUGUGAGCAUGUGGCCUGGGCUGCUGAUGCUGAAAUUAUCCAUGCCAACUCAAGUAGAUGGUGGACACUCAGUACAACUCUCUGGGGCUUUUCUCUGCUGCUGGGGAUUGCACGAUCUCUCCGAAUUUUAUUACUCCUAAGAAGAAAGCAGCAUACAGAAUCCAGAGACUUCUCUCAGAAAACAAGGGCUGAAAUGCACAUACAAGCCUUGACCAUCAUCAGCAACCUGGCUGACCUUGCCAAUGCCAUCCACUGGUUGCCUCCAGGAAUUCUCUGGGCUGGAAAGUUUUCUCCAUGGUUUGUGGGCCUCAUGGGAAGUAUUUCUUCCUUCAUUGGGAUCUAUAAAAACUAUGCAGGGGGCAGUUGUGGAACAGUUUGAACAGCAACUUCAGAGUGCUGCAUUGAAUGGAGAAAAGGGGCUAUUACAGGAAUUCAUAAAUGGUUACAUAAUCUCUGUUAAAAUGGGGGGAGUAAUUCCUAUUAUGGUGGAGGCUAGAUUGGUAUUAGGUUCUUCUAUUAAAACAUGGUGCUGCUUUUAUAUAAAACAUAGGCACUUUCCUGGAGGAUCUAUUUGGGAGAGCUUAUAGAGCAGGGGUCUCUAACUUUGGCAACUUGUGGACUUCAACUCCCAGAAUUCCUCAGCCAGCUUUGGAGUUAAGUUUGCCUAUAGGUAGUCCUUGACUUGCAACCACAUUGGAGCCUGGAAUUUCAGUCACAAGUCAUUGCAAUCAUAAGUCAAAGCACCACAUGACCAGACUUGAUUUUACGGUUGUUUUUACAAUGGUCGUAAAGUGAGUCGCUGUGAUUGUUAAAUGAAUUACAUGGUUGUUAAGCAAAUCUGUUCUUCUAAAUGGGCAAAUUUUUGUUUGCUGGAAAUUGGCAAGAAAACCCAGAAGCUGGUGAAAACAUCACAAAUUGUGGUCACAUGGUCACAGGACGGUACAGUCCGCCGUAAAUGGAAGCCAAUUGUCUUGAGGGGGGCAGCAGUCAUAACUUCAAGGACCAGUUAUAUGUAGCUUUUUAACUGUUGUAAUUUCAACUGGUUAACUACCUUAAGGGACAAGUGGCUGCCCUGCCUAGUUAAAUAAUUUGGCUAUGGUUUUUUUUUAUGUGAAGAAUAGUCUUGCUCUAUGUACAGCAUUUUAAUGUGAAACAAUUAGGGCUGAUAAUAAAAGAUACAAUCUCACACUU